AUGGUCUCAGGACGAGUACUGGUCAUCGCCGGCUCGGAUAGCUCCGGCGGAGCCGGCCUGGAGGCAGACCAGAAGGUAAUCGCAGCCCAUGGCUGCUAUGCUAUGACGGCCACCACUGCCCUCACAGCGCAGGAUACCACGGGCGUGCACGAUAUCCACCAUGUCCCGCAGGAGUUCUUAGUCAAGCAGAUCGAUGCUUGCGUCAACGACGUUGGUGUCGAUGUCGUCAAGACCGGUAUGCUGGCCUCGCCGGCCACGAUCGGGACGGUCGUGGAAGCCUUGAAGAGGCACCGCGUUCCCAAGGUCGUGGUCGACCCGGUCAUGAUCGCGACCAGCGGCGCGGAACUCCUCCCGCGCGAGGCCGUCGCCGAGUUGCUGGAGGGAUUGCUCAAGAUCACCACCGUGCUCACGCCCAACAUCCCCGAGGCCAAGCUGCUCCUCGAAGACGCGGGGCACAAGGGCAUCGAGGUGACAUGCGUCGGCGACCUCGAGCAGAUGGCGAAGAUGGUGAAGGCUCUUGGGCCGCAGUGGGUGCUCGUCAAGGGCGGGCACGCGCCGUUCAAGGCCGACUACACGGUCGCGGAGACGGAGGAGGAGAAGGCCCUCGUCGUGGACGUGCUCUACGGGGACGAAGGGGAGCUUGUGAGGAUCGAGAGCCCGUACCAGGCGUCGACGAAUACGCACGGCACCGGGUGCUCGCUUGCUUCGGCUAUCGCGUCGGGUCUGGCCAAGGGGUUGAGCGUGCCUGAAGCUGCGAGGGCGGGCGUGAGGUAUAUCGAGGCUGCCAUCCGGACGGCGCCUGGGUUUGGAAAGGGUCAUGGGCCUUUGAACCAUUUCCACUCCGUCCAGACUCUGCCUUUUGCGCCGGGGCGGUUUAUUGAGUAUAUGCUGGAGAGACCCGAUGUCAAGGACGUGUGGCGGACGUUUGUAUACCAUCCUUUCGUCAUGGCGAUGGGAGAUGGUACGUUGCCAUUGGAGUCUUUUAAGGGGUAUCUCAUCCAGGACUACCUUUACUUGAUACAUUUCGCCAGAGCCAAUGCGUUGGCGUCAUACAAGGCGAAGAGCAUCGCCGAUAUCUCGGCUGGAGCCACCAUCGUCAGUCACAUCACCCGCGAGAUGUCGCUGCACAUCGACUACUGCAAAGGCUUCGGCAUAACGGUCCCCGAGAUCGAGGCCACCGAGGAGAAACAAGCCUGCACCGCGUACACCCGCUACGUGCUUGACGUCGGACAGAGCGAGGAUUGGAUCGCUCUGCAGAUGGCCUUAGCACCGUGUCUGCUCGGGUACGGUGCCGUGGCGAAGCAGCUCCACGGAGACGUCAAGACGAAGCGCGACGACAACACGUAUUGGAAGUGGAUCGAGAACUAUGUGGCCGACGACUACGUCCAGGCCGUGAAGACGGGCUCCGAGCUGAUUGAGAGGCAUGCUGUGCUGCAGAGCCCGUCGAGCAUAGAGCGGCUGAUCAAGAUCUUUAUCCAUGCCACCAAGAUGGAAAUCGGUUUCUGGGAGAUGUUCCCUUACCGAUAA